AUGGAGAAUGACGAAGGUGUUAAUCUAUCUCGUGAAAAUGAGGAAAACGGUGGAGAUCAAGAUGACAUAAGUCAAACAUAUCGAAUGCUUGAUAUUGUUGAUCCUCCAGACUGUGUAGAAGAACAACGUAUUCAACGUGAAUGGGCAGACGGUUUGAAACUGAGAGUUGGUGCAGAGUUUACCUGUAAGCAGGAUCUAAUAGAUUUAGUUUAUAGAGGUUCUCAUAAACAUUGUUUUGGCAUCACUGUACACAAGUCUGAUAAGAAACGAUAUUAUGUGAAAUACGGUCAAGCUGAAACUGGAUGUAACUGCUAUAUAAAUGCCGCUAAGACAGCUCAGUCAAAUAUUUUCACGGUUAGAGUAUAUAGGAAAAUGAAUUCUUGCUCUCGGGCUUCUGCGUGUACUAGCAGCAAACGAAGGAAAGGCACAUCUGGGUUAGUUGCAGGCGUUGUUAGUAAAACUUACCCAGGUCGAUUAAAACCACCAACUCCUAGAGAUACCAUGGCUUUGGUUCAAACUAGAGGUCGUGUGGAGUUUAAUCCUGGUACGACAUCAAGUGUUGAAGUGGAUGAGUUAGUAAGAUUCAAGUACCUAUUCGUCGCUCUGGGUCCUAUCAUAGAAGGGUUUGCGGCAAUGAGGAAAGUGAUAAUUGUUGAUGCAACUUUUUUGAAGAAUGGAUUUGGUGGAUGCCUUGUAUUUGCAACAGCUCAGGAUCCGAAUUUUCACUAUUAUCCCCUUUCUUUUGGGGUAGUUGAUGCGGAAAAGAAUGAUAGUUGGAACUGGAAUGUAAGCCUGAUCAAUGCAAUAAGGGAUAUGUACCCGAAAGCUAAGCAAGAUUAUUGCAUUUAUCCUUUGGCCCAGAAUGUGAAAGUGAACGUUCAGAGAGAGAGAAAGUUAGUUAUAGGCAAGUUCAUGGAAGUUGCGAGGAAGUGUACAGAGGCUGAGUUUCUUGUGGCUUAUGGUCAACUGGCAGAAAGAUAUCAGGAUGCAAUUACGUAUUUACGUAAUAGUUUGCUUGAGGAAAAAUGGGCAAGGUGCUAUUUUCCGGAAGAAAGGUACAACAUCGACACUAGUAAUUGUGUAGAGUCUAUGAACAGCGUGUUUGAUGAUGCGAGGAAGUAUGCUUUAUUAUCUAUGAUGGAUGCCAUCUUGUCAAAGGUAUCUGAGUGGUCUAACAAACAUAGGAAGGAGGCUGCUACAGCACCUGGAGCACAUAAACUGGUUCCCUAUGUCGAAAAUGUCUUACACAUGAGAGUUAAAAUUGCUCAGUCCUUAAAUGUGACUGAGCUGAACUCGUUUCUGCUUGAAUACGCUGUGGUCGGUGGAGAUGAGAAGACUUAUCUGGUGAACUUGAAAACCAAAUCUUGUUCAUGCAGAUGUUUUGAUAUAGACAAAUAUCCUUGCGUUCAUGCACUUGCCGCAGUGAGAAUUUUUAUGGCCAGGGAAGAUAGAAAUGAGGACAUUCACUCGCAUGAUUUGUGCUCGAAGUAUUAUACUACUGAAUUGUGGGCACUUGCAUAUGCCAAGACGGUAUACCUUGUUCCUCAUCGUUCACAAUGGGUAAUUCCAGAUGAUAUCAAAAAGAAGACUGCCCCAAAACCACCUGAGGUCCCGAAAAAAGCUGGAAGAAGGGGAAUGAAGGCAGGUAUGCUAGUAAUCCUGAGGGGAAAUGCGAAUGGUAAUACUCAAGGGAAUGAAGGCAGGGAUCCAAAUUUCAAUGCCAGUAAUCCUGAGGGGAAUGCGCAGGGUUAUACUCAUGGUGGAGACUGGUUUGCUUAUUUUAAUUGCAGUAAUCCUGAGCGUAAUACUCAGGGUGGAUCUAGUAUUCAGGACAGUUGA